AUGCAUUUCGCAAUUACAUCAUCCCUCCUUGCUCUGUUCACAUUCGCUACCGCAUCUCCGGCCCAAUAUAUAACUCAGACCACAUCAUCUGCGACGCAGACGAUCACGGCUUCCGGACUCUCUACACCAACGCCAGCCCUAGACGAUGCCCUUGUUGCCACAGCUUCCGACGAUGCAACCACGAUUAUCACUUUGGCCUCGGCCCAGACAGUUCUGAUAUCUGUACCGGGGCAUGAACCCUACACCGCGAUCCCGGAGCAGGGUUAUGUCCAAGUCCAGGUCGCAGUGAUGGUGAACUUCGUCGUAGACUACUUCGACCUUAGCAGUACCGUCAGCACCGUCACCCAGACAUACACCCUCGAAAAGCAUGUUGACUUCUGCACCACCACUUCCACGAUUGGGGUCUCAUGA